GUGACGUCACGAGAUUUGGAAUUCGCGGGAGAACACAUCUCCGCUUCCGGACCGAGAGAGCGCCAGCGCGCGGGACUUUCAAGCGUCUAACCCCGGGAGUUCCAGCUGUCAUGAGCCUCUGGGUGGACAAAUACCGGCCCUGCUCCUUGGGACGGCUGGACUAUCACAAGGAGCAGGCGGCCCAGCUGCGCAACCUGGUGCAGUGUGGUGAUUUUCCUCAUCUCUUAGUGUAUGGACCAUCAGGGGCUGGAAAAAAGACAAGAAUUAUGUGUAUUCUACGUGAACUUUAUGGUGUUGGAGUGGAAAAAUUAAGAAUUGAACAUCAGACCAUCACAACUCCAUCUAAAAAGAAAAUUGAAAUUAGCACUAUUGCGAGCAAUUAUCACCUUGAAGUUAAUCCCAGUGAUGCUGGAAAUAGUGACCGGGUAGUAAUUCAGGAGAUGUUGAAAACAGUGGCACAAUCACAGCAACUUGAAACAAACUCUCAAAGAGAUUUUAAAGUGGUAUUAUUGACAGAGGUUGACAAACUCACCAAAGACGCUCAGCAUGCCUUGCGUAGGACCAUGGAAAAGUAUAUGUCCACUUGCAGACUGAUCUUGUGUUGCAAUUCUACGUCUAAAGUGAUACCACCUAUUCGCAGUAGGUGCCUGGCGGUUCGUGUGCCUGCUCCCAGCAUCGAAGAUAUUUGUCAUGUAUUAUCUACUGUGUGCAAGAAGGAAGGUUUGAAUCUUCCUUCACAACUGGCUCAUAGACUUGCAGAGAAGUCCUGCAGGAAUCUCCGUAAAGCCCUACUUAUGUGUGAAGCCUGCAGAGUGCAACAAUAUCCUUUUAGUGCAGAUCAAGAAAUCCCUGAAACAGAUUGGGAGGUGUAUCUCAGGGAGACUGCCAAUGCUAUUGUCAGUCAGCAGACUCCACAAAGGCUCCUUGAAGUUCGUGGAAGACUUUAUGAGCUUCUAACUCAUUGUAUUCCUCCUGAAAUAAUAAUGAAGGGUCUUCUCUCAGAACUUUUACAUAAUUGUGAUGGACAACUGAAAGGGGAAGUGGCCCAGAUGGCUGCUUACUAUGAACAUCGUCUACAGCUGGGUAGCAAAGCCAUUUAUCACUUGGAAGCAUUUGUGGCCAAAUUUAUGGCACUUUAUAAGAAGUUCAUGGAGGAUGGAUUGGAAGGCAUGAUGUUUUGACAUCUUGACAUCUAUCCUUAAUUCUUCCUAAUAUUUCUCAGUAUCAGCAUUUACAUUCAGUUUAUAUUGGAAGAGCUGCAGGUAAAAUAAACUUACUUUAUUUAAUCAUG